AUGGCUUCUCUCCGACCAGCAUCUCGACGAAUCCUCUCGUCAACCACACAUGCGCCCCGCUUGCACAGACGAUGCCUCGCUACGGCAGCAUCAGAUAUCACUCCCACAUCACCGAACACAACGAACUCAACACCCCGACGAGCCACCAAAUUCUCCGAUCGCUUGAAUAGUGGCCCUGCAUUCGGCGACUUUGUUUCCGGAAAAGAGGAGCCUCUGAGCCCCGAGGAGGCUUUGGAAUUGAAGACUGUUAUGGUUGGACCUGCCGGCAAGAAGAAACCUCACACACGACUGCCCGAAUGGCUCAAGACUCCCGUUCCUGUCGGCGACAACUUCAAGAAGAUCAAGAAUGACCUGCGUGGUCUGAACCUACACACCGUUUGCGAGGAAGCUCGUUGCCCCAACAUUUCCGACUGCUGGGGCGGCAGUGACAAGUCUGCUGCUACUGCGACUAUCAUGCUUAUGGGAGACACAUGCACCCGUGGAUGCCGCUUCUGUUCCGUCAAGACCAGCCGAAAGCCUCCGCCGCUCGAUAUCCACGAACCAGAAAACACCGCCGAAGCCCUGUCAAGAUGGGGCCUUGGAUACGUUGUCUUGACAUCUGUCGACCGUGACGAUCUCGCAGAUGGUGGUGCACACCACUUCGCCAGCACGAUUAUCAAGAUCAAGCAGAAGGCUCCUACCAUGCUCGUUGAGGCUUUGACUGGUGAUUAUGCUGGCGACUUGGAGAUGGUCAAGGUGGUCGCUCAGAGCGGUCUGGACGUGUAUGCCCACAACAUGGAGACUGUUGAAGACUUGACACCCUUCGUCCGCGAUCCCCGCGCCAAGUUCCGUCAAUCGCUCGAAGUUCUCAAGGCUGCAAAGGAGGCCAAGGAGGGCCUGAUCACAAAGACAAGUUUGAUGCUGGGACUCGGCGAGACCGAGGAUCAGCUGUGGCACACUCUCAAGGAGCUUCGCAAGAUCGACGUCGACGUUGUCACAUUCGGCCAAUACAUGCGCCCUACCAAGCGCCACAUGAAGGUCGAAGAAUACGUUUCCCCCGAAAAGUUCGAACUCUGGAGACAACGCGCCCUCGACAUGGGCUUCCUUUACUGCGCCAGUGGACCCCUGGUACGCAGUUCCUACAAGGCCGGCGAGGCCUUCAUUGAAAACGUCAUCAAGAAGCGCGCCAAGAAGAACCAGCUUGCCAUGGCUGAGGAUGCUGGCGAUUUCAAGCCCCUGAACGCAUAG